AUGUCGAUUGUAUCGCUUGCAGAGGGUAGCUUGCCCACGGUCACCAAAGAAGAACUGCAUGCUGCUGCCAAAGGAAGAGGCUUUUCCAUUCCAGCAGGCAGUCAGGAUGAGAUAGAUUUUCUUCUGCUGCAAAACAGCUUCGAUGCCGUUGCUUCAGCUGUAGCGGCUCUUCCUGAGUAUAUCGAUCCAAGACUCGAGCCAGUUCCAGUAGAAGGUGGAGAGCGGAAGUGGACAAAACCCGCUUCGGAAGAGAAUACUCUCAAUGCUUGGUCGCACAAGACAAACCUCAAGGCAUCUUCUCCAACAAGCACAGUACUUGCCGGUAAGACUCUUGCCAUGAAGGACAAUGUCAGUGUUGCUGGAGCACCUUUGCGUUUGGGCACUGCUCCCGAAUUGUUCAAGGGUGGAAAACAUGCUAUCAGUGAAAUUGACGCAACUGUGGUGAAACGCAUCCUUGAGGCCUCUGGCACAAUUUCUGGAACUGCAGUGUGCGAAAACUUCAGCUUGUUCCCUACUUCUGUUUCAGCAGACAGUGGACCCGUCCAUAAUGCAUGGGCUCAGGGUUAUAUGACCGGAGGCAGUAGCUCGGGAUGUGCUUCAUUGGUUUCGGCAAAGGACGUGAAGGUUUGGAGCGAGAAGCAUGGAUUGACCUUCAAGACAACAGCACUAGAAGAAGGAGGCGUAGACAUGGCGAUUGGUGGUGAUCAGGGAGGCUCCAUUCGUGCACCAGCAUCUUUUGGCGGAUUUUAUGGGCUCAAGCCUACUACAGGACUGGUUCCGUAUACAGGCAUAGUGUCCAUCCUCCCGAUGAUCGACUCGACAGGACCCAUGGCAAGAUCUAUUGAGGAUGUUGCACUUUUGCUUGGCGUCAUCGCUGGCUACGAUGGCAUCGAUCCUCGUCAAACACCAGAGACGCCUCUUCGUCAAGCUGUGCCCGAUUACACAGGGCUCCUCGCCGAAUGGCAAGCAGCCAAAGAAGAAGCCAGCGAAUGGACUACCACAGCAGCGGCAAAAGGGCUCCGGAUCGGCAUCCUCAAAGAAGCAUGGGAGAUCGCCGGUCUGAACACCAACGUAGCCGCGAUCGUCAGGGCCGCAGCGGAGAGAUUUAGUAAACUCGGGGCAGAAGUCCACGAGGUAUCGGUACCACUGCAUCUGCUAGGCCCGUCGAUUUGGACCGUUGCAGGUCGCGAGGCUAUUCCCCGAUUCUUCGAGAACAGGGCUUCCGACUUACUUUCUCAUCCCUUGCCAGGGCUUGAGCCGAACCCGACGGAUCAGACUUUCUACGACAAGUUAGUCUACAAGAACCCGGCUGUCAUCAAUGUUGUGCUCAACGCCGAGCACAUGGAAACUAAAUAUGGACCUUCGCUUACUCGCAAGGCUCAUAUGCUGGUUCAUCAGUUGCGUGCCGAGUAUGACAAGGUGUUCGAGAAGGUUGAUAUUUUGAUCACACCGACAACGCCGACCGUGGCAGACAAGCACUGCAACUAUACUAGUGUCAUGGAGAUUGCACAGAAGGCUGUGGGUGUCACGCUGAAUACUUCACCUUUCAACUGCUCUGGGCAUCCUGCAAUGUCAAUUCCAUGCGGUUGGUCAGAGACUAGCGACGGCGAAGGCAAGCUUCCGGUCGGUAUGCAGCUUGUAGGCAAGAGAUGGCAUGAGAUGGAUAUUUUGAAGGCUGCCUCUGCUUGGGAAGUGCUAGGCAAGGGACUGGAUUCGUAG